AUGGCUGAAUUCGAACCUCCUCCAGUCACCGAAUUUUUCUUUGCGAAGCCGAAGUGCGCGUUGACCACCUUUUCCUCUACGGAGAAACCCGACGACCCUCCGUUCCUCCCUUACUGGGCUCGUUGUAGCGCGCAACACGCCCAAAACCUGCUGGACUACUCGGACGAGCCGAUCGAAUACGACCACGACGACGAGGAUUAUCGCGAUAAUUGCUUCUUUUUCCCGGAGGACUGCUCGUGGACACCUCCUAAAGACUGGGUUGUGGAGGCGCAUCGCCAAUUAGCGGACCCAGAGAUCGCUGUUGAGGGAACCUGCCAGACCGGCCGAGAUACCGACACCAUGAUUCCCGGUCUCCCGGAUAUUAAGAUGCUUGAUGCUGAGGCGCUAAGUGAUCUUCUCGAAGAUAACCUGUCCCCGCCAGAGAUCACGACUAUUCUUGUCUUCGCAACCAACGGCGCAGUGUUCGCAUAUGGCUCGUCCCUCCCAUCCCGCCAGCUGCGCAACCUGAGCGCAACCUACGGCGCUGCAUACACCUGCUACGCCAAGACUGCGUCGAGUGGAAACCUGACAGGCGUCAACCCCGCCAGCCACCCGUCCUCAUACGUGACGGCUCAGUCUAUGUCGCUGGGAGAUGUGGGGUCAAUCGUCUUUGAGCUAGACGACUCCGUCGCCGUGGUCACGCGCAUUGCCGACAAGGUGCUUCUGGCUGCAGUGGGACCGUCUAAACUCGACCAACCGGAUGCAAACGGAGGACCAGAUGGCGAGCAUCUCACUGUGGAUGGAAGCGCAGUGCCAGCUACAGACUCUGCUCCUGGUCACGGGUCUACGCCGGAUGGAUCGCAAGGCGACGGUCACCGCACACCCACGGCCUCCACAUCCCCAAAUCCACCUGCGCGCAAUGGCCAUCUCGAUGCGCAGCAUGAGAUCGACCGCAGCGCUGAUCUCGCGCGUCUGGAAAGCUUGAACUUGUCGGCCUGCCCUGCCGUGCUGCUCGCCCUGGAGUCGAAAUGUGCUGCGCUUGGAAAGUUCCUGGGACAGAAAUUGGAUGAUCUGGAAAGCCCGGAAGAUUUCUGA